AUGGGACAUGAGGAGCAUGGAGGGACUUGGCACAUGGACGCAGCUCAACUGGAUACGCAAAGGAAGAAGGGAGAAGCCAUCUUGAAGACCAGCUCGACGUCUUCCUCGAUCGAGCUGAGAAGUCAACAGUCAAACCCGAAAAAUAGAGAGCCAAGGAUUGAGAAGCCAAGUCUUGAGAGGGCUAGAAUUGAGAAACCACGUUCUGAUAGACCACGAGCUGAUCGCCUUGUUCAAGCCUCUUGUGUGCUUGAUGGAGAAAGCCUUCAAGCUUUGUUUGAUGAGCCACUAGGAAGGGCUCUAAAAGAAGGGGAGGAUGUAGCCUCUAAGGCAAGACCAGGGGAUAAAAGAAAAGAUCCACCAGCUCAGGCCCCUUCAUCCAAGCCAUCUCAGCUCACAAUGAUUUUGUUCCCCAUCAAGUUUGAAAAUGGGAAGAUUGAGUACAAGAUAAGGUACAAGGGGAGAUCAAGGCCAUUCUCUAGAGCCAAAGCCUUGGUGACUUCAGAACAAUCCAGGGACCCAUCCAAGCUAAAAGAGCUUCUGUCUCAAGUCCUCACUAUCACCCUUGAUGGUGGGACUAGCUCAACCAAUGCCUAA